CUCCAAGAACUCACAAAUCAAUUCCAUAAUCCAUCAACCUUAAUCUUUAAUACUUCACAAGACUUCACCAAUGGUAAAUUCGGGGUCAAUCAACCAGCUUCACUUCCUCCUGAUUCCGUUUCUAGCUCCUGGCCACAUCAUCCCCAUGAUCGACAUGGCCAAGUUUCUCGCACAGCGACCGAAUGUGACGGUCACCAUCGUCACCACACCCCUAAACGCCCUUAGAUACGGUUCUACUCUCCAAGAACAAAUCAAGUCCGGACUCCCGGUGUGUUUCCUUGAACUGCUGUUUCCCGCGAUUGAGAAUGGACUACCGGAGGGAUGCGAAAGCGCAGAUGCUCUACCCGGUCUACAUCUACUUCCGAACUUUGCAGCUGCAGUUGACAUGUUACAACAAAGACUCGAACAACAUUUUGACUCGCUAGAGCCUCCACCGAGUUGUAUUAUAUCUGAUAAAUACAUGCUCUGGGCUGGUGAUACAGCGGCAAAGUAUGAGAUUCCCUUGAUCAUAUUUGAUGGAAUGAGUUGUUUUAAACAGUUGUGUACUCAUCAUCUGUAUGCAUCAAAGGGGUUUGAUGAUUUGACUGAGACAGAGCCUUUUGUUCUCCCUGGCUUGCCUGACCGUAUUGAGAUAACUCGAGCUCAGCUUCCACCUGAGUUCAAUCAUCGUCAUGUUGCGACGAGUGAGAAACUUGAACAAGUAAGAGAGACUGAGUCAAAAUUUUAUGUGCGAAUAAGAGAAAACGAGUCGAGAGCUUAUGGAAUGGUGAUCAACUGUUUUGAGGAGUUGGAGCAAGACUAUGUUAACAAAUUUAAGAAGUUAAAAAGGGGUAAGGUCUGGUGUCUAGGACCGUUAUCACUGUCGACUAGUAACGAUUCGGGUAAAUCCUUAAGGGGUAACAGUGCCUCUAGUGAUGAUCAACUCUACUUGAAAUGGCUCGAUUCCAAGGAACCUGGAUCAGUGGUCUACGCCUGCUUCGGUAGUAGUAGUCAGAUCACCCCUCCUCAACUCAUCGAGCUCGGGUUAGCCCUGGAAGCAUCUAAAUCCCCAUUCAUAUGGGUGAUUAGAGCUGGAGACAAAGCUCAAGAGGUUGAGAAAUGGUUAUCAGAAAACGGGUUUGAAAACAGAAUAAAAGAUAGAGGGCUCAUAAUCAGAGAUUGGGCACCGCAACUCCAAAUCUUAUCGCACCCUUCGGUUGGAGGGUUCUUGACACACUGCGGUUGGAAUUCAGUCUUGGAAGGGGUUUCUGCUGGUGUCCCUAUGAUCACAUGGCCUCAGUUUGCCAAACAGUUCUUGAACGAGAAGUUAGUUGUUCACGUGUUAGGAAUUGGUGUGGGUGUUGGUGCUCCCGGUGUGGUACAUUGGGGCGAGGAAGACAGAUUUGGGGUCACUGUGAAGAGCGAGCAGGUCAAAACAGCUAUAGAAAAAGUAAUGGACUCGGGAUCCGAAGGAAUCGAGAGAAGAAAGAAAGCAAAAGCACUAGGAAUGGUAGCGAAGAAAGUAAUCAAAGAAGGAGGGUCUUCUCACCAUAACUUGACAUUAUUAAUACAAGAUCUACUGGAACUUGCAAACGUCAGAAGCCAAAAGCCAUUGAUUUGAAGCCAAUACUUCCAAUUUUGGUUAAGGACAGGUACCAAGCAUCAAUCUUUUUCGAGUAGCCACCAUAAAGUAUUCGAGUCAGGUGUUAUAUCUUACUCAUAUGUGGUUGAUUGUAGCCCGAUUUAGCAAACUCAAUAAACAUUAGUGUUGGAUAUCAA